AUGGACCUUCAACAUCAGACUCUUAAUCCACGGUUCGAGCAACAGCACGGGUCCUGGAGAUCUCUCCCAACGUGGAGGACCAUUUUAUCGUCUUCCCUUCUUCAAAAGACUCAGACUUGCACGCCUGAAGUGACUUUCGAAGUAAAGUACCCGUCUAAUGAAGAAUUGUGCACGACUUUAAGACAGGCGAAGUAUGGCGUAUCAAUUUUUUGCAAACGAAACGCGAGUCUCGCGAACGUGGUCGAGAAUGGAGGGGCGGCGGGCACCGAUCUCGAUCAGUUGAACGGUGAAGUCGGUGUUCCUCUGUCAUGGCCGCGACUCUCCGGUGUGCCGGGGCUCGCAUCGCUAACCAUAACGAAUACAGAGCGGUGGACGAAGAAGAGGAAGGUGUCGCGGUACGCGGUGGUAAGGUCGGGUCACAUGGUGGCCAGCGACGCGGGGACCGCGUGGCUGGUCCGCGAGGCGAUGGACGGCCGCGGAAGGAUCAAGCUUAAGAAGCUGUCACGCAGCCUGAUGUCGCGGGCCGCCGUCUCCGCAACCAAGCUGAGGCACUGCGUCAGAAAGCAGCCGGCCAAAAUAAGGAAAUGCAUGUGUCUGCCAUCUAAUUACGCCCUCGUUGAAUUCCCGCUGGUCUGGUCCGAGCUCAGAGCGAACCAGCAGCUGUGCGACGGUGCGAUAAGAUGCGCCACGGGCCAGGUUUUCCCGGUGCAUCGGGCCAUUUUGUCCGCGGUCAGCCCUUACUUCAAAGCGCUUUUCACCAACAGUCUGAAAAGCGGGAAAACGGAGAUCACGGAGGUGGCGAUCGAAUCGGUACCUGGGAAGAUCUUCAGCCUGAUCCUCGACUACGCCUACACCGGCACGUGCAACGUGAACGCCGACAACGUCGAGCAACUGUUACCAUUGGCCGAUCAGUUCGAGGUGCUCGGAGUCGUUCAACUCUGCUGUCAGUUUCUACUGCAGGAACUUCGGCCGGAAAAUUGCUUGGGCAUCUUCAACUUCGCGCGCCACUAUUUCUGCCGCGACCUGGAAGAGAAGGGCCGGAAAUACAUUUGCCAUCACUUUAAGCGGAUACUGCAGGAGAGCCCUGAAUUCGAAGAGCUGACGAGCAAGGAGCUGAAAGCGAUUCUCUGCGACGACGAGCUGAACGUUAAAAACGAGGAAAUAGUUUUCGAGGCCAUUAAAACCUGGCUCGAGCACAACGUCGAAGAAAAGAGGCCGUAUUUACCCGGGCUGUUGAAGUGUGUGCGCUACGGUUUGAUGAACUACAACUUCUUCACGAACAAUGUCCUCACGUGGAAGAUGAUCGAGGAGGACGAGUCCUGCCAACAAGUGCUAGCUGCCGCUAAUCAGCAUCUGAAAGAGCAGGAGGCGAAGCUCGGCAGCGGCGAGAUCGAUUUGAACAAUCCUCUGGCCAAGCCUCGUAUCCCCUAUGAGAUCCUGUUCGCGAUCGGCGGAUGGAGCGCCGGUUCUCCGACCAAUUUCUUUUGUAAAAUGGCGGACUUUAUACCUCCAGAAAGUCAUAUUCGUACUACUUUCGUGUCUUUUCAUUCUCGUGAAAAAUCCAAUCCAGUGGAGUCUGAUCCAAGGCCAGAAGGGCAUUGUUUCUCUCUCGUAUUCGCGCGACGAGAAGUAUGUAUCAUCGUGAAUCGGCCCGAGACUCACACAGGAUUCGUGUGUAAUGUGAACUCCAGAGUUGACAGAUGGUUUCUAUCAGUGAGCACGGACGCAACGCCGAGAUCCUACCACGGCCUGUGCACGUUGAACAAUUUGAUCUACAUGAUCGGCGGAUUCGACGGUAACCAGCACUUCAGCACGGUCAGAUGCUUCGAUCCGGUAACGAGGGAGUGGCGUGAACGGGCCUGCAUGCAUCACGCGAGGUGUUACGUCAGUGUUUGCACCCAC